CUCACUGAACCCUGUGCUGCUGCAGCUACUAAUAGCUGCUGUCACAUUUGCUAUUAUCAUCUGUUCCCAUGGAUGGAAAACCUAACAUGCCUUAAUACGUUUCUCUUCUCCUUUAUGGAUUACUGGUAAGAAGAUGGAUAUAUUAGCUUAACAUUUACCAGCAAAUAAGCAAGCAGUGGCAGAACAUUUGUUCCACAAGUCAGAGAGAGUCCUUCAAGAUGUGAAACAUUUCAUUCUAUGGAUCAGUCAGCAGGGUCCUGGGAUCAGUAAUGAACACGCAGGAGGGCGCUGUCUGCAGGUGCUGCUCAUCCCUAGGCUAGACAUGUGUAAGAAGAGGAAAGACGUAUUAGAACAUUUGUGGCGUCAAGGUUUCUGCACAUAAUGAAUGUUUCCAUGGGAGAAAAACUGAACAGGGUCAGGAUGAGCAUCAUCUAAAGGCUGCUGAAAAUUCUUUUACCUUCUCAGUGAGAAAGAUGAAUUUUACAAACUGCACAGCAGAAACAAUAUCACAUAAAUCCAAGACGGUAACUGAAAAGAUGCUGAUCUCCUUAACGUUGGCUGUGAUCACAACCCUGACUACACUGUUAAACUCUGCUGUCAUCAUUGCAAUUUGCACAACCAAGAAAUUGCACCAACCUGCAAAUUAUUUAAUAUGUUCCCUGGCCGUUACAGAUUUUCUUGUCGCCAUUCUAGUUAUGCCUUUAAGCAUUGCCUAUAUAGUUACGGACACUUGGAACCUUGGUUAUGUCAUUUGUGAAAUAUGGCUUAGCGUUGACAUGACGUGCUGUACUUGUUCCAUCCUUCACCUUUGUGUCAUUGCCCUUGACCGAUAUUGGGCAAUUACAGAUGCUAUUGAAUAUGCCAGAAAACGAACAGUGAAACGGGCUGGAAUUAUGAUCCUUACCGUAUGGACAAUUUCGGUCUUUAUUUCCAUUCCACCCUUAUUCUGGAGAAAUCAUCACAACAUAAGUAAUGAAAAUAGUUGUAUAAUUCAACAUGACCAUGUUAUCUAUACAAUUUACUCGACAUUUGGGGCAUUUUAUAUCCCUUUGACUUUAAUACUUAUUUUGUACUAUAGAAUCUACCAUGCUGCAAAGAGCCUUUACCAAAAACGAGGAUCAAGUCGACACUUAAGCAACAGAAGUAAUGACAGCCAAAACUCAUAUGCCCAUUGUAAGCUUACACAGACAUUCUGUGUGUCAGAAUUCUCCACCUCUGACCCUACCAUGGAAUUUGAGAAGAUCAAUGCAUGUGUAAGGACCCCACCUUAUGACAAUGACAUUGACCUUAUUGGAGAUCGUCAACAACAGAUCUCUAGUUCAAGAGAGAGAAAAGCCGCUCGGAUCUUAGGACUUAUUUUGGGAGCUUUCAUGAUGAGUUGGUUUCCCUUUUUCGUCAAGGAACUUAUUGUUGGACUAAAUCUUUCCACUGUGUCUCCAGAAGUGGCUGACUUUCUAACAUGGUUGGGCUAUGUUAAUUCCUUAAUUAAUCCACUUCUCUACACUAGCUUCAAUGAUGAUUUUAAGAUAGCCUUUAAAAAACUUAUCAGGUGCAAAGAGCACACAUAAAGUAUCCCAGGCAUGACAACUGACUGUGUACUAAGCCUUAAAGGUGAGAACAUUCCAUAUGAUACCAGAUCAUUUUAUGAAUCACAGAAUUAUGAAAUUAUGUUUUAUUUCUUCUGGCUUGGUGUUUUCUUUAUGUCCAGUCAUGUAAUGCAGUCU